AUGGCGACGCCCAACGCGGCGCCCAUCUACGACGGCGAGUACGCCGCCGAGCUGCGCGAGACGGCGUCGGCGAUGGUGGCGCCGGGCAAGGGUCUGCUUGCCUGCGACGAGUCCACCGGCACCGUCGGCACACGGCUCGAGAGCAUCGGCCUCGAGAACAACGAGGCCAACCGCCAAAAGUGGCGCAACCUCCUCUUCACCACGAAGGGCAUUGGGCAAGCUCAAGGCUGGCCCUCCCACCCACCAGAGGGCAAAGCGAACGCGCCGCGCCCCGCUCUGCCACCGCAGGAGACGCUCUUCCAGGACGACCCGGCCGGCAAGCCCUUCGUCGACGUGCUGAAGGGCAACGGCAUCAUCCCGGGCAUCAAGGUUGACACGGGCCUCAUCCCGCUCUGCGGCGGCGGCGACGGAGAGAAGUGGUGCCGCGGCCUCGACAACCUCGCGGAGCGGUGCGCGGGGUACUACAAGCAGGGAGCGCGUUUCGCCAAGUGGCGCACCGCCCUCACCAUCAACGUGGCGGCCGGCUGCCCCACCGAUCUGGCGAUUGACGUCGCGGCGCAGGACCUUGCCCGCUACGCGCGCAUCUGCCAGGAGAACGGCCUCGUGCCGAUCGUCGAGCCGGAGAUCCUGCUCGACGGCGACCACGACAUCGCAACGACGGCGCGCGUCCAGGAGCGCGUCCUCUCCACCGUGUACAUGAAGCUGCAGGACAACGGAGUCCUGCUCGAGGGGUCCCUCCUUAAGCCGUCGAUGACGGUGCCCGGGAUCGACUGCGCCGACAAGUCGGACCCAGCCACAAUCGCAAAGAUGACCGUGCGCACGCUGGACCGCUCCCUCCCGUCGGCGAUGCCCGGCGUCACCUUCCUCUCGGGCGGCAUCUCCGAGGAGCACUCGUCCGUACACUGCAUCUCGGCUCUAUCUCGGCUCUACCUCGGCCAUCUCUCGGCUGUGCGCCUUCGCCCUCACCUUCUCCUACUCGCGCGCGCUGCAGAGGAGAACUACCAAAAGGCGCAGGACCAGCUGCUCGCGCGCGCGCAGGCCAACGCCGAGGCCUCCGCCGGCAAGUACGUCCCCGGCUCGCAGCCCUCCAUCGAGGAGUCGCUCUUUGUGAAGAACUAUGUCUAUUGA